AUGGACUCGAAACAAUAUACAGGACUUGGCCAAUAUCUUUCUGAAAUCGACCCUCAGCAUCGAGAUGUGACAUGGCAUUUGCAACACAUAAUUAUAUUUUGCCGAGUCCAUUUUCAACGGUCAAUUCUGAAGACUAUUGGAACUACAAAUCAAGGUUCCUCUCUUUGGAGCCGUAUGAUGAGUCUAUUAGACUGCAAAUCUGAGGCUGAUUAUGAUACCUUGCUUGACCUACUAAUAAAAUAUGAGGAUGUCAAUGUUCAGAACUGGGCAAAACAAAAGAAGAGUACAAUUAUCAAAGCAGGGUUGAAUAAAGCAUGCUCCAAAAUUCAACCUUAUUACUUUGAUAUUUUACGCAAUCACACAAAUGCUGUUGAACAGUCCCAUCAAAAAUCAUAUGCAUCUGGCAAGUAUUUGACUUUGGUUGAAGCGGUUAAAAAAUCAACAAGAUCUUCACAUGACCUUCGCCGUGUUGCAUCGGCGAAUGCCAUGAGUUUAGAACAGAGGCGCCAGGAGCUCGAGCUUCGAAAGCUUGAAGCAGAGAUCAAACAAAAAGAAGCAGAUAUUAGAAAGCAAGAGGAGGAAAUUCGUUUACAACAGCUUGAAAACGAGAGAUUAGAGCUUGAUCUCAUGGAACGGCGGAUUCGAAUCCAGGAACUUCAGCAAAGUGAUUAA